UGCAUGUGAUGGUUGCUUGGCAACUGUACAGACGCUUUAUACCCUUCCGGGAAGUGCGUGGCUCUGAGGAAAUAUGGCGCACAGACAGCUGCAUAUACCAGUCAUAUUCAUCGCUUCAACCUAUUAUUUUACCGCAUUCUGCUUAUCCAUUUUAGUCGCUUUCGCAUUAUUCAAAAGUGGAAACACUGACAAUGCGUUCAGUGCGAGUCACACGGCUAGUGUACCCAUCGCUGCCGCCCGGGACCUACGAUACCUUUUGUAUGACGUGAACCCCCCGGAGGGUUUCAACCUGCGGAGAGAUGUCUACAUCCGUAUGGCCUCCCUAGUGAAAACUCUGAGGAAGGAGGGGGAUGACUGGGUCCUUGUGCUUCCCCCAUGGGGUCGCCUGUAUCAUUGGCAGAGCCCCAACAUCCACCAGAUCCGCAUCCCUUGGGGAGAGUUCUUCAGCCUCACCAGCCUGCAGGCCAACGUGCCUGUGAUCGAGUAUGAGGAAUUCAUUGCUGAGAAUGGAGGCCCAUUCAUUGAUCAGGUUCUGGUGCUGCAGAACUAUGCUGAGGGAUGGACUGAUGGGAAAUGGGAGGAAAAAGUUGACGAGCGGCCGUGCAUUGAGAAGUUGUUGUACUCAAAAGAUAAACAGGGCUACUACAGGGGCUGGUUUUGGGGCUAUGAGGAGACAAGAGCACGAAAUGUAACAUGUAUAUCAGCUCAAGGCCAUGCCUCCAUCAUGGCCCCAGUUCUUCAGAAAAACAUCACAGUGACAUCAGUUAUGCUUGACCGAGCAGAGACACUCCUCCAUGAUCACUAUGCUGGGAAGGAUUACUGGGAUACACGCCGCAGUAUGGUUUUUGCCAAGCACCUGCGACUCAUAGGAGAUAACUUCAGAGCAAAAUACCUGAACUCUACAGAUGACAGAGAUCACACCAUAUACAGUGAGGACUGGACUCGCAUGAAGGCCAAGCUGGGCUCCGCUAAAGGUGGUCCAUAUCUUGGGGUCCACUUGCGCAGAAAGGACUUCAUCUGGGGUCACAGGGAGGAUGUACCAAGCCUUAAGGGGGCAGUUAAAAAAAUACGCAGCCUGAUGAAGAAGCACAAACUUGACAAAGUGUUUGUUGCAACAGAUGCAGAUGAGGAAGAUCUGAAGGAGCUGAACAGGUUGUUGCCAGAGAUGGUGCGGUUUGAAUCAUCCACAGAGGACCUGGAGCUCCUUAAAGAUGGAGGGGUGGCCAUCAUUGACCAGUGGAUCUGUGCCCAUGCAAGAUUCUUCAUAGGAACAUCAGUGUCCACCUUCUCUUUCCGGAUCCAUGAAGAGAGGGAGAUCCUGGGUUUUAACCCCAAAACUACAUACAACCGUUUCUGCGGGGACACUGAGAAGGAAUGUGAACAGCCUACGCACUGGAAAAUAGUUUACUGAUGUAAUCUGACUUUCCUGACACACAGAAGUGCCAAAAACAGUGUUAAAAGUGACAUUUAUUUGUAUGAAAUUUACAAAGUAUUUUAACUGUUUGCUGUUCUUUUUUUUUUCUUUUUUUUUUCUUUUUUUUUUACUUUUUAUGGUUAUUGAGUUGUGCAAUCAGGUCUGUAGUGACCACUGUGACUGAAACUUACGCUCAAAGGGCCAAGACUGUGCUGCCAAACAUGUAUUACUGUAAUGUUUAACACUUACAUCUGUGUAUGUUUAGUGUGGAUUCUCAUGACAGUGUGGCAUUUUACAUAAUUUCUGUUAUUUAUUGCUAAUGCCAGCAACACUGGUAAAAAAAAAGUGUCUUUACAUGACUGCAACAGACAGUGUUGUGAGGCUUUAUGGGAAAAUUCUAACCUUUUUUAAGAUUGCAGUCAUUAGACUCAGCACUAUUCAGAGGUGUUGAGCAUCUAAAAUUGGACUUAAAUGCUGUAUUUUUUUUUUUUUUUUACAAAAUAUUUUACCAGGAGUUGUUUUUUUUUUAAAUUUCCUAGAUUACAUAUAAGAAGCAUUGAAGACCGUAAAUCCAGCAUAUAAAUCAUGUGUUUUAUUAGGAUUAAAGACCAAACAGAACCUAAUGAUUCCUAACUUAAGAUUUGUUAAAAAGAGGUACAUUUCCCAUCUACUUCCACUGUUAUUUCAGUGUUUGUGUAGAAUAACUUUCCUCCCUUAUUUUAUAUUUGUGCCAGUAUUGACAUUUGUUACAUGGAAUUACACUACAAUGUCACUGAUGCUGGAAAAGAAGGAAAUAUGACUCUGAAGAAUUUUGGUAAUUGAGUAUUCUUUCUACCUUGUCUUUUUUAGCCACAGACAUAGAGCACAUUAUGGUAGUAUUAUACUUGAUGAUACAAGAUGACACAAAGGGGUCACCGUGGGUUUCAACACUAGCCAGCCAUCAAGCUGUUAUCUUGCAGUACAAACUUUUUCCCUUUCCCUCCAGAUCCCUCCAGAGGAUCCACACAUUUGGAUAAAAAAGUGUUUGGUAUGGGCAUUGUCUCAUGACUUGGUUUGUACAGCAGGUGUAUGAUUUUGGUGUUGAAUAAAACCAAGUUUGAAUACGAC